UGCGCGUCGCUCGUCGUUGCCCUCAGCUCCGACGUCUGCGCUCGUGUUGUGUGUUGAAAGCCCCGUACGUGUGUGCCGCUGUGACCGAGUCGCGCGCGCCCUGCACUUCUCUCCCAAUAGAUGCAUGCAUGCCAUUUCCAUAUACUCGUACGAUACAUUCAUAUUUCUCUAUGCUCUAACGGCCAAAAGCCCAGUUGAAUAGACGAACGCGCGUCUAUUAUAUGUGAUUCUGUGCAUGCGUAUACGCGACAGUUCCGAAACAUAAACACACACAAACUACUCGUGCCGUAACUAACGCGUGGUGCUCGAUGCUCGUCAUUCAGACUUGCUCGCCAAAAAGCUCGAAUUUACCAGCUUAACGCAAGUCGCUAAAAACUCGUGGGCCAACUUCUCGCGCAGUUGUCGUGAGUGGCGGCGGUUCAACGACCAUGCAGAACGUUGAUUCAACUGCAGAUUCGCUGCUUCCUUGACGAGCUGUUCCAUUAUAUCAGCGAUACAUGUCAACGUGUGUCUGCCAGUGCAGUUGUUCAGUGCUCGUUACAUGCUUAUGCAAUUUUGCUAAUUAUUAGCAGUGAGAGUGUGUGUAUAUGUGUGCAUGUGUGUAUGUGUGUUGCUGUGAUUAAAAAGUGAACCUAAGGCUCGUUACUGAGGCCGCUAAUAAGUGUGUAAGCCUUCGACGCGCCGCCUCUCGAGUUCUUUCGUUUUAAAAAGUGCUCUAUUCAAGUUAUUGUUUGUUAUUGCUGUUAUUUCUGUGGUACGAAUAUAUAUAUUUGAAAAAUAUAUGUAUAUCUGUGUGGUGCAAUUGUGUGUCGGUGUAAUCAUUCAAAAGUGAUAUUAAGCACUAUAGUUCAGCUUUACGUUAGUGCUAUAGCCGUAGUAAGACUACUACUACUAUACUACUACUACCACCGGCAUCGUAGUGUCAGCGAGCAUAUAGCCGACGAGUCAUUCAUCCACCAACGGAAUUAGCACUUGACGGAAUCGUAUUCUUUUGCUCAUUUCUUCGUCAAAUAUCUGAUUCUCGCCAUACUAUAACGGUGCAGACACGAUUCGCAGGGCUCCCAGGACGACGCAGGCGAAGCUGACGACGACGACGACGACAGCGUCGAAGACGAGAUGACGACGGGAAGACUAAAGCUAGCCUGCUGACGGCGAGCCUUCGGAUGUUCUUCGGUGCCAAUAGGACCUGAGCGACUUCGGUGCUCGACUCCCAAGCACGCGGCAGCGGUGCAGUGUUCCGGAGUAGUUGCCGUGUGUUGCGGUGUGAGUGUGUGUGUGUGUGCGCGCGUGCCUGUGCCGCCGUGAAAGCUCCUGCCAAAGGAGGAUAUGGACAUGGCGUUGCUAAUCUACUGUCUGGCGACCCUCGCCCUUGCAGCCCAAGCAUGGCCCAUGGAUCCAUUACCACGAUUGCUCAUCAAACACCGCGAAGUUAUUGGCCAGCGAUUUCUCGGCAACGAAAGUCACGUCGAACACUUUAAGCUACUUGAGCGAUCGCCGACGUACUUCCUCAUCGGUGCAAGGAAUGCCAUUUACAAUAUAAGUCUACACGAUCUUACAGAAAUUCCUGACCAGAGGUUAAAAUGGUCGAGCAGCGACGCGCAUCAGGAGUUGUGUUAUCUCAAAGGCGGUGACAAGGACACCUGUCAGAAUUAUGUGAGGGUGUUCGGCAGGCUCGGACCCGAUCGUUUUUUGACCUGCGGUACCAACGCCUACAAGCCGCUUUGCAAGAGUUUCCUCGUCAAGAAUGGCAACUAUGUGAUCGAGAACGACAACGACGGACUUGGUCUGUGUCCCUACGAUCCAGCUCACAACAGUACCGCCGUCUUUGCCGACGGUCAACUUUAUGCUGCUACAUUCGCUGACUCCUCGGGCGGUGAGCCACUCAUACAUAGAGAGAAAAUACGCACCGAACGCUCAGACUUGAAUCAGCUCAAUGGACCGAAUUUUGUCAGUUCAUUUAGUUACGGAGAUUACGUGUACUUUUUCUACCGUGAAACGGCCGUCGAGUACAUGAACUGCGGCAAGGCUGUCUACUCGAGGGUCGCACGGGUGUGCAAACACGAUAAGGGCGGACCACACGCAUUUGGCGACAGGUGGACUAGUUUUCUCAAAGCAAGGCUCAACUGCUCGGUGCCUGGAGACUAUCCAUUUUACUUCAAUGAAAUACAGUCGACGAGCGACGUGACGGAAGGCCACUACAUUGACGGCCACACGCAGUUGAUCUACGGCGUUUUUACGACUCCGGUGAAUUCGAUUGGUGGCUCGGCCGUUUGCGCCUUUUCCAUGAGCGAUAUCCUUCAGGUAUUCCAGGGUGCCUUCAAGGAACAAGAGACCAUCAACAGCAAUUGGUUGCGAGUCAUGCCAGACAAAGUACCUGAACCGCGCCCCGGAGCUUGCGUCAACGACUCGCGGACGUUACCCGAUAUCACCGUGAAUUUCGUCAAGUCUCAUCCACUGAUGGACGACGCCGUGCAGACGUACUUCGGUACGCCCGUCGUUACCAAGGUCACAUACAAUUAUCGAUUCACCAAGGUGGCCGUUGAUCCGCAAGUGAAGGCGCUUGACGGGAAAUUGUACGAUAUUCUCUACAUCGGCACUGAUGAUGGCAGAGUGCUGAAAGCUCUUAAUACAAGGAGUCCUGUCUCAAGAAACGACUCAAAUCAAGUGAUAGUCAGUGACGCUCAGGUUUUACGAUACGGCCAAGCCGUAAAAGAUUUGCAAGUGGUUCAUUUAGCUGGCGAAGCGAGCAAACUUGUAGUGAUUGCGGAUUCGGAAAUACGAGCCGUACCAUUGCAUCACUGCGACUCGCCGUCGGCCGGCUCGUGUGCGAGCUGCAUCGGCCUGCAGGAUCCACAUUGUGCUUGGGACGCCGAGCACAGCCAGUGCGUCGCCGUGAUGACGCGACUACACGACAGCGACGCCGAUAAGAUGCUUUAUCAGAAUAUAACUAGUGGAAAGCAUCGGGGAUGCGGCACUUACGAUGCAGACCCGAAGCAGGUGCAAACGAUGCCACAGAGGCCAAGUCGGGGUCCACCCGAUAACGGAGGAGUUGUACUCGGUCCGGGGCCCAUCGCCGAGACGCAGCCGAACGAACGGGACAACGAGAUCAUCAUCGAGCUUGAUCCGGAUAACCAGUACAGUAGAACGCAACCGCGUGCCAACGAUCCGCAAGGUGUAAUUGUCACGCCAGUCGUAUACUCGGCGCAAACUUUGACAGGCGCUCUCAUCGGCACGUGCUUCUUUUCUCUCAUUGCGGGUUUUGCAUCCGGCUUUUGGUUUUCACAACGUCUUCGUAACGUACCUUAUCCCGAUCCACCGGAGCAGCGUCAACAAUUGAAUCGUCUCACAGAAACGACAGAAUCGCCAGGCUUCAAUAAUAAGUCCAUAAAUCUUGUUCUCAACGUACCGCCGAAGAAUCCUAAUGGCAAAAACGCCAACUCGUCGGCCGAGAACAAGCCUGUACAGAAGGUCAAGAAGACCUACAUAUGAUAUAGAAAUAGACAGGCUGUAUGAGGUAUGGCCCCAGGUUCGGUGCCACCCAUCGCAGGAACCCUUGGUUCGGUCGAUGGAACAGCAGGCAACCGGCCCGUGAAGCCAACGGCCUCAGCGCCUUGCACUAUCUCUGGUAGCUCAGCUCGCAGCGCAGGC